UCAACUGUCAGUCGAUUGAUAACUCCAGUGUAAACUCAGUUUGUGGCUUGUGUUGAUAAAGCAAUGAUUGUGGGGUUGUGACAAUGAUUAUCCCACAUGGAUAGCGAGGGUAGGCUAGUGUUUUGGAAGAGCGGUGUGUGGGAGGGUGGUGCACCAACCCUCGACUGCAACACCUGCAAGAAAAGGCGUUCUGACAGAAUGAGCGCUAAUGAGCUUCCUCAGGGUGAGCUGAAGAAGCUGUCAGAGGAGAGUCUGACCCGGCAGCCCGAGGAAGUGUUCGACAUCAUAUGUAAAUUAGGAGAGGGCUCAUAUGGAAGUGUGUACAAGGCUUUACACAAGGAGAGCGGGCAGGUGCUGGCCAUCAAGCAGGUGCCAGUGGACACGGACCUGCAGGAGAUCAUCAAGGAGAUCUCCAUCAUCGCAGUGCGACUCGAAUGUUCAGAUGGUACUUUAUUUGUUUUUUUUGUUGAUUUUGUUGAUUUGUUAUCUUGAAUUUUUUGGAUCGUGAUGGAAUACUGCGGAGCCGGUUCAGUGUCAGACAUAAUGAGGUUACGGAAGAAGACGCUCUCAGAAGACGAGAUCGCAACGAUCCUAUGUGACACCCUCAAGGGCUUGGAGUAUCUGCACCGGAGAAGAAAAAUCCACCGCGACAUCAAAGCCGGGAACAUCCUGCUCAACACUGAGGGGCAUGCGAAACUGGCUGACUUCGGCGUUGCCGGUCAACUAACAGACACAAUGGCGAAACGUAACACAGUGAUCGGCACGCCGUUCUGGAUGGCGCCGGAGGUGAUACAAGAGAUCGGCUACGACUGCGUGGCAGACAUCUGGUCGCUGGGGAUCACAGCCCUCGAGAUGGCGGAGGGGAAACCGCCCUAUGGAGAUAUACACCCCAUGCGAGCUAUAUUCAUGAUACCCACCAAACCACCACCCUCGUUUAGGGAACCGGACCAAUGGUCGAGUGAGUUCAUAGACUUUGUGAGCCAAUGCCUCAUCAAGAACCCCGAGGAGAGGGCCACUGCUGAGUUCCUCUUGGCGCACGAGUUCAUUGGCAACGCGAAGCACCCCAGCAUCCUGAGCACGAUGAUCGCGGAAGCGCGCGAGAUAAGAGAGAGCCAGGCGUUCCGGACUGCGCAGGCUACCGGGAAUGCGAAGGCGUUUGCAUCGGAGGCGGAGUACCCCGAGGCGACGAUGCGGCAGGCGCGCCAGGACGGCACCCUGGUGCCCGCCCGGGACGACCUCGCAGCCGACCUCGGCACCAUGGUCAUCAACCACCACCUCGACCGCGACCGGGACAGGGACCCCGACCCCGACAGGGACAGGGACAGGGACAGGGACCUCGACACCAUGAAGCGUCACGACACGGACCCCAUGGACACGAAUAGACCCAAAUACCGGCCGCUGUUCCUGGACCACUUCGAGAAGAAGGAGCUCAACCAUCUCGCAGCCUCCGCACCUAACGGCGGAGUCCCCGCCCGCAGGGUGCCUGAUGCAGAACUCGCGGAGAGCGCGGUGACUGGUGCGGAGGCUGCGGCGGCCAACGCGCUGGCGUUCCAGCGAGCCUUCGCCGACGACGGGAACCUCGAAUUCCUGGCGUUCCUGCCGGUGCCGGAGCUGGAGGCGCGGAUGGCGCGGCUGGACGCGGAGAUGGAGGCAGAGAUCGAGCAGCUCCACGCGCGGUACACCCGCAAGCGGCAGCCCAUCCUCGACGCCAUACAUCUCAAGCGGAAGCGGCAGCAGAACUUCUAGCCGCCACGCUCUGAUCUGAUUAUUUACUUGGAGAAGCGAGGGGGUGAUAACUCGAAGGUAUACUGACGAAACGCCUAUUACUGUAGUUACGGGAUCACGAUGACAAUCAGCGCUAUCGGCCUGAUUUACUGGACUCCUCUUGAGUCCACGCUCUGUCCUGGACCAACACCACACCUACACGGCUCCACCGUGGUUCUACGUUUAUACAUCCGGCAGGUCCACCCCUUCGAUCGAACCCCCAUUCGAUUCAAACGGGGAUUGAAAUUACGGCCUUAGUCGAGAUUCGAACCCCCUAGCGGUCCUCAAACUAAAGUCGU